AGUUUUAAUACUAAUUGUCUUACAAAACAAACUUCAAUAUAAUGGCAAAGGUUUUGAUUGUGGUGUUAGCGCUGGUAGCUUAUGGCUCAGCCCAACAGCGGCAAAUUGGCCAGGCUGGUUUGAACUUGCUCAAACAAUCGGAGGGAUUUGUGCCAAACUUCUAUAACGACCAGAUUGGAUUGAAAACAAUAGGUUACGGUCACGCCUGUCAAUGGCAGGGGUGUGAUGGUAUUAACCCUCCCAUCACAGAGGCUCAGGGCACUCAGAUCCUUGAAAAAGAUCUGGUCCAGUUUGAGGACUGUGUGAACCAGGCUGCACCUGGACUUAACCAGAACCAAUACGAUGCCUGUGUGGACUUUGCAUUCAACAUGGGUUGCGGCGCUUUCCAGAGCUCCGACAUCCUGUCCAACAUAAAGGCCGGUAAUAUGGAGGGGGCGGCCGAUGCUUUUGCCAAAUACAACGUAGCCGGGGGUCAGGUCAUCGAGGGGUUGACCGUUCGCCGACAAAACGAGAAAAAUCUGUUUCUCUCGUAAAUACAAUUCAUUGUAAUAUUGUAUUCAAAAUCUUCGAUUACUUUAUUAUUGUUUAUUUCAAUAAAAUUUAAAUUUGCAAA